CCCCACACUGCCUAGUCGCUGUGAAGCUUGCGACAAUGCCAGGAUCUCAUGAAAAUUGAGUGCAGGCAGAGGAUGAAGGGUAGAAGACACUUUUUCAGAGUGUCUCUUCUUCACGUUAGCUGCGGGAGUUGUGAUGACCACUUUAUCGAGAGAGGAAAGCGGUCAGCGACAAGACUGAAGAAAUCCUCACAGAGGUGAACAGGCGCGAUAGGCCAUCAGCAAUGAUUGAACUCGACCACCUUCAACUUUCACAAAAUCAUAACUGUUAACCAAAGCACGCCGAAAGAGAUCAGUUCUGAAACACGUGUGACAAAUCAGAUCUCGAUGAGAUGGCUUGCGCAGCAGACAGCUGCAUCCAGUUUACCCGCCAUGCGAGCGACGUGCUUCUCAAUCUGAAUCGUCUCCGCAGCCGGGACGUGCUGACCGACGUCACGAUCCUGGUGAACAGGCAGCCGUUCCGCGCACACAAGACCGUGCUCAUGGCCUGCAGUGGGCUCUUCUAUUCCAUCUUCACGGACUCUCUGAAAUGCAACCUGAACGCCAUCAGCCUCGACCCUAAGGUGGAUCCGGAUGGCUUUGCCAUUCUGCUGGGCUUCAUGUACACGUCGCGGCUCAGUCUGCGGGAGAGCUCCAUUGUGGCAGUCAUGAACACAGCCGUCUACUUGCAAAUGGAUCACGUGGUCGAUACCUGCCACAGGUUCAUCCAGUCCAGUGACCGGAGCCCUUCAUCCAAGCUGCCCACAGAUGAGUUUCUGUCCAGCCCAAUGAUGCCUCAGGACAUCCAUGCUUACAGGUUGCAUGAAGUGGCAGAGAGCUUGCCGGGCCGAAUUGCUCCGUUCCGGGACAGGGGAGUCUAUGGCCCCAGCAUGUACAAUGCUAGCCCCUACCACCUGUAUGGUAACAUGCCUGUCCACAGCUUCCCCUUCCCACUUGGAAAGCUGCCUGAAGCCAAAUCUCCCUACCCAGACUACCCCAAAGGCGGUAGCCUCCACCAGAAGAACUACUCUCCUCCCGAAAACACUUACGCUGAGUACAGCAGACCAGUGUCCAACGUCUCCUCCAGGGAAGCCCUGGAUGAAGAGGUAAGGAAGGAGAGCCCCUGCAGCGUACCCCAGAGCCCCAAGCCCAUGGGGAUCCCACUCGGGAAGCACAGCUUCUCCACACCAGGGCACGAGCAGGCAGACAAGGGCAAGCGCAGCCCAUCUGUGGAGGAGGAGCGGAGCCCCCGGCACUACCCCCCGAGUGGCUCAGCCGGCAGCCGCAAGGCCCUGAUGAGCAGCCCCCAGAGCCCACAGAAAUCAGACUGCCAGCCCAACUCCCCCACAGAGUCCAGCAGCAGCAAGAAUGCAGCCUUCUCCCAGACUGCCAGCUCCCCCACCUCCCAGUGUCCCCCAGAUCCCAGACGCAACUGGAAGAAGUACAAGUUCAUUGUCUUGAACUCCAGCAACCAGAGCAAGGUCAGCAGCAGCAGCGGAAGUCCCCGGGACAUGGAGACUCGCUCCCCAGCCUGCCUGCAGAGCAGCGAGUCGGAAAGCAUGGAGCUUCUCACCCCAGCCAAGACGAGCGAGUACGGGGAGGACGUGACAGUCCCCCAGGCUAGCCGGCUUAACAGCAUCAACAGAUCCCUGGAAUCCCCUCAGAGUCACAAUGAAAGCCACUCUUCUCUCUACAUGAACCACUUGAAGUGCGGCUCCCAGUCUCCCCGACACUCUGAAGUGCGCCCCAACACUCCUGGAUCUCACUAUGGGGAGGAGAUGACGGAGCUGCAUUCAGAAUACUCGGACUCCAGCUGUGAAAAUGGAACAUUCUUUUGCCAUGAAUGCGACUCCAAAUAUACAGAAGAGGAUGCUCUUAAAAGACACGCUCUUCAAGUCCACAGUGACAAGCCAUACAAAUGUGACCGCUGCCAGGCUGCCUUCCGCUACAAAGGAAACCUUGCCAGCCACAAAACUGUCCACACAGGAGAGAAACCUUAUCGCUGUAAUGUCUGCGGUGCUCAGUUCAACAGACCAGCUAACCUCAAGACCCAUGCUCGCAUCCACUCGGGAGAAAAGCCAUACAAAUGUGAAACCUGCGGUGCACGCUUUGUACAGGUUGCUCACCUGCGUGCUCACGUGCUGAUCCACACAGGGGAGAAGCCAUACCCCUGUGAGAUCUGCGGGACUCGCUUCAGACACCUGCAGACCCUCAAGAGCCACCUGCGCAUCCACACAGGAGAGAAGCCUUACCAUUGUGAGAAAUGCAACUUACACUUUCGCCACAAGAGCCAGCUCAGACUCCACCUUCGUCAAAAGCACGGUGCGAUCACAAACACCAAGGUUCAGUACCGCACCCCCGUUCCAGACCUGCCCACAGACCUGACGAAGUCCUGCUGAGCUACUGGGACAGGAACCGAAACCAGACAAGGGUUCAACACCCCUGAAUUCGGCAGUCAUCCAAAUGUGUAGAGGCUCGCUGCUGUGGAAAAGGACAGCCAGACUGCGUCUGGCAAGCGAAACGGGUUUCCUAUACAUGUGAAUUGAAAGCCACGUUUGAGUCACUAUUGUCUAUAGUCACUUUAUUGUCUGUAUAUAGAGAUGGGAGUGUUUAAGUGUUCAGUAUGUGUGUAUGUAUAUAUUUUUUUUUUUGGG